GAGCCCCCCUAUAACUACAAAUUCCCCCCUUGACUCUUUAGCAAGUCUUAUUUUAACCGUUCACUUAAGUAUAACCUCUCCUGAAGACUCUUACCUACCCUGUCAGCUUGGACUAUUCCAAAUAUCAGAUAAUAACCAGAAUGUAGAGCUCCAAACUCUAAGAUGUGGGUUCAAAUCCCGCUCACCCUGCCAUACACUUGAUUCAGAGGGGGAUCCUUCUCUCUCCUAUCGUCGAUACCCUAUUCCUCUGGUUCACAUUUCAGGUCUUCACCAGGUAGUACCUCCAUACGGUUCUUUUGAAGUUUCCUUCCCUCCUACUUCCUUUUCUAUUCUUAAGCCUAGUGAACACUUAAGGAUGGCAGAAAUGGCUGAUACCCUCUUUGCAAAGGACGAACUACCAGAUAAGGACGUAGCAUUGGCUACUUGUUUAGACCCUAUGUGGGUCAUUACUUCUUGUAUUCAUGAACCUUCUAAGUUUGAUUAUAGGCCGACUAGCUUGGAUACCUUCUUAGUCCUCUCUUGGGUUAAGCGCUUCAUCCGGGAAUUACUUGAUUCUACUGUUGUUAAUGCCUUUGCAGGUGUGCCAAUUAGAGCCUAUGCUACUUCUACCCUUCCCUGGGGCCGGCCGCGGGUUCUUCCUCUCUUCCCAUCUUUUUUGGGGCAACUUCGUUUUGGUUCUUCUAAAGCUACAAGUGAUACUAAGAGGUGGCCUUACGGCCCCCCAAGGCCGUUAAGGGCCGUGCAUGCUACCAAGGGCUAUACAGAAUUACCAAUUCUGCUAAUGGCAAGCGGUAUGCAGGAAGCUCGACAACAAAUUGGCGCUGCUCUAAAUGGUCGUGCCUCACCUCUUGGGCUUGCGCGUCUUAAAGGUAGUAGAUGGCAUUUCCCUUUCAAUGUUAAGUAUAUGUUAGUAAUCAAUAGAGUAGCCAUCUUAGUUUUACUCUUAUCCUCGCUAUUGGCCUUUAACACUUUGUUAUUAGAGCCUUUAGGUGUUGGGGUAGGAAUCUAUGGUGGAGUCUGCCUGGUCUCUGUUAUAUCACAAGCAUUUGAUUGCUUUAUCCUGGCCUCCGGCUCCUUAUUAUUGGUACUUGCUACCGGUAUCCUUCCGAUGAAAUCCUUGUAUUACUGGUCCUCAACAAGAGAAGAGAUUACCCAUGACCCUCUUUCUAAGCUUAUCCCUCUUAUUUUACUGAUCAGUACUCUUGGUAUGAGUUGCCUUGUAACUAGUUCUGAUUUGGUUACCGUUUACUUGUCUAUUGAGCUUCAAAGCCUCCCUCUUUACAUCCUCGCCUGCUUGUACCGUGACUCUGAACCAGCCACUUCUGCCGCCCUGAAAUACUUCCUAAUUGGAGCCCUCUCCAGUUGCUUGUUCCUCCUUGGGAGUAGCCUACUCUAUGCCUUAUCUGGCCUCACUAGUUUAGAAGGCGUAUAUCUGGUCUCCUCUUUGGGAGUAGGAUAUAGCGGGUUCCUUAUACCUGUUUUCUUUAUAGGUCUUGCGGUUCUUAUUAAACUUCCUGCAGCUCCCUUUCAUUACUGGGCCCCUGAUGUCUAUGACGGAGUACCAACCUUGGUCACUUCUUGGCUAGCAAUUAUGCCUAAGGUUGCCUUACUAGCCUUCCUAGCCCUCUACCAGGGCUUAAGCCAAAUAGGGGGGAUAGUGGUUACCGACUUUUCGGUAUGGGGGUUCAUUCUCCUUGGAUCUGCUCUUCUAUCCCUUGUAUUAGGAGCUCUCCUCGGGGUAGCUCAAUACCGUAUUAAGCGGAUGGUUGCUUAUAGUACGAUAAGCCACUUGGGGUUCUUGCUACUUGCUCUAGGGUUGGUUACUCCCCAGGUGUAUUCUAAUCAGGUAUUGGAGACCUGGGGUGAUUCAACGGUAUUCCUUGAGCAACCAAAACCGGAGAAGGAUUCUUCCGAAGAAUCCUAUUGGCUAGAGGGAUUGAGUGUGAUGAGGACACCCACUACCAAACCCUUGCUGAUAUCAUCUGAAUAUAACCGAAUCAGUUGUUUUCACUCGAACCCUGUCUUAGCGCUCAGCUUUGCAAUCUGCCUGUUCUCCAUGGCUGGUAUUCCUCCUUUAAUAGGAUUUUUUGGUAAGCUGCUAGUGCUUACGACAGCGUUGGACUCUGGGUAUUACUUCUUAGUGUUUAUAGCGAUUCUGGUCAGUGUCAUAACUACUGGGUUUUAUCUUAGAGUAAUUCGAGUCUUAUUUUUCGAUUCGAUUCAUUUCGAGAUCAGCCGUUCUACGGAAAUGAUUCUUAGGCGGGCCGUAUUGUCGGAGUCGGACCCUAAGCCUCUUCAUUCCAUGGUGAUUGCUACCUUGAGCCUUAUUAUCAUUCUGUUCCUAGCUUAUCCUUAUCCCUCAUUAAACUCUCUGCAUCUUAUUGCUCUUUCCUUUUACUUUUGGGUAGGUGUUAAGAAGGGAGAUCCAGCCAAAGUAUCCCCUUAUGAGUGCGGGUUCGCGCCAGUGGGAACCAGUCGCCAAAAAUUCUCGGUAAGUUUCUUUCUUGUUGCUAUUCUUUUCUUAACCUUUGACCUUGAAAUCCUCUUUGUUUAUCCUUUUGCUAUGUCUCUGUGCCACCUCUCACUAUUAGGUUAUUGGGUAUUUAUAGUCUUUUCUCUGAUUCUAACUGUUGCCUUUGUGUACGAAUUAGGCAUAGGCGCUCUUAACUAUGCCACUAAAGGUUCUUCUUCUUCACUAACUUCUUCUCAAAAAUUCUCCCCGAGACUCUAA